CGCUUCCCUUAUUUUUCAUUAUUCACAUGCACUAUACCAAGAGGUUAUUAGAUACUAAAAGCUCCAGCUAUAUUAAGGCCUGUGUCGUUUUCUUUUUAUGGGGUUGAAAUGACUAAUUAUGCGUUUUGUCGACUUUUCAAUUAAUGUGAUAUCGUAAAGUUUCUAACUCUCUCAAGUGUCCAGUAGACUUCUACUUGGAUUGCGGGAAAGGACAAGCAUUCGGUGGCAUGAAAGGCAACAGCUCAUGUUGGUCUCACAAAGGAACAGUAAUUUCUUCAGGUGCCAUUACCUUUCUCUUUGAAGACACUUCAUCUCCUAGCAGAGGGAAGGCAUAACAAAAAUCUGACCAAGCCAACAAAGAGUGGCACACGAUGGCUAGCGGUGAUUAUGUAAAGCUUAAAGAGGACUUGCACGAAGAUACACGAACGGAUUCAGGAAUUGAAUCAUUCAAAUCUAUUUCGUCAAAUAAAGAUGAUCAGUCAAUGAACACGGUACGAAAUUCGGCCUCUGAAUGCAGUGAAGUCAAAGACAAACGUAUCAACACCGAGGAGCGUCUGGACUCUGAUUAUGACUCGUCCGUCGACAGUUUAUCAGAGAUAGUAGAAGCCUUAAGCUUCUGCACAAACCCUCAGGAACAUGAAAGCGUGCAAGAGGAAAACCUGCUCACUACUAUCACUGAAGACGGAGACACAAUCCUGCACUUAGCUGUCAUUCAUGAGGAUGAAGACUUUGCAUGCCAUUUGAUUCACCUUUUUCCAAAAGAAGUCUUGGACAUUCAAAACAACUUGUACCAGACUCCGUUACACCUGGCCACCUACCUGAGCCUGCCCUUACUGGUGCAGAGCCUUGUGAAGAAAGGGGCGAGUCUGGAAGCGCAGGACCAGGAUGGGAACACCCCGCUCCAAGUAGCCUGCCAGCAGGGCCUCGUCGACUGUGCAGCUGAGUUGACCAGGAACAUCUCCAACAGCAAGCUGGCCCCUGUGCUGGAGACCCAAAACUGGAGAGGUCUCACCUGUCUCCACUUGGCCACCCUGAACCAACACCAUCGUCUGAUAAAACUCCUCAUGAAAAAAGGGGCUGACCUCAAUGUUCAGGAAGGUACAAGUGGAAAGACUGCUCUUCAUUUGGCUGUGGAGCUCCAUGACAUUACUGCUGUGACCCUACUGUUGACCAAGGCAGCUAAUGUGGAUGCAGCCAUGUUUAAUGGCUGCACACCCCUUCACCUGGCAGUGGGUAGGCAGGACACAACCAUAGCCUUCCUCCUGUGUCGCUCUGGGGCUGACAAGAUGCUGAGGAACAUGGAGGAUGAGACAGCCCUGGAUCUAGCAGAUGGCAAUGAUGAUAUUCUUGCUCUUUUUCCAUUUGAUGACAUCCAAAUCUCUGGCAGGUCAGUUGAAGUGCAAUUUUAACCGUGUAGAAAACAUUGAACGGUUGGAUGUACCUAUGCUGUGCUGGAGAGAAAAAUUACCUUAUAAAGUAUCCAGGGCCUUCAUGUUUGUUUGUUUUUAGCUCAUGACUUGUGAAUUUUCCUCCAUUUAUAAAUCCUCUCAGUUCCAUCUGUUAUUUAUCGUUCGUAGACAAGGCCUGUCUUACUUAGUUAUGAAGAUACAAGGUUGUGUAUCUACUUAACAGAUUUUAUAUGGAUUCAUGUGUUCAAAUCAGUCAAAUUGAAUGUAGAAAGUGAAACUGUCUUGUUUCUACAUGAUUUGUCUUUGAAGAUUAUGUAUUUCCCCAGGAAGUCCAUCUUUAUUAGUGGCAGAAAUCCAAUAAUAUAUUUUAUCCUUUCCAAAAUGUACUUGGAAUCUACCUCUUUAUGACAUCUACAGUACAUUACAUGAAUAUUUCCUGUAACCUAAUUUCAAAAACCUUAUUUGAGAUAUUGAGAGCUAAUGCUUUUUUUAAAUUUUAUUUUUAUCAUGGGAAACAUUAAAUUCUUCUCAUAUACUAAAAGUAUGUAUUUUUUGCCCUAUUUAACCUGUUGUAUAUAUAUGUUCUUGAUACCUUUGUUGAAUGCAAUGCCCUUUGGUAUAUUGGUGUUCAGCAAAGCAAUAGUAGCUACAUAACUGACAGUGUGGCUUCUUGGUUUGUUACAUCAGUCCCUGUUCCCUUUCAUAUGAUUGAUCAGAUAACAUGGAUUAUGUACAUACUGACUUGUUAAGUGUUUGUUUUAACAGGAUCAGACUACUAUAUUUUAUAAUAAAACGAUGAUAAAAUCUU